CAAAAAGUUGACGUUUAUUUAUUUUGAGCGUGUAUGAUAAUGGCUGAUGCGAAUGAAUUACCGGAAAAUAGUCGAGGAAAGUCUAACGUAAACGCAUUUAGUGAGGAGUCCGAUUCCGAAGACUCCGUUCAACCCGUCUUUUUGGAUUUGGGCGACGAUUUGAGCCGUGUGUCUGACUCAAAUAGGUUAGGAUUUCAAAGUGCUGGAGCUUCAGGUAGUACCGAGCCUCCCAAGCGAGAAGACAACCCGUUUUCAUUUAAACAUUUUUUACGUAGUGAUGUAAAUAGUUAUCAAAGUAAGGGUGCACGGCCUAAGGUGUACUGUGAGGGGCGCCCGGUUUCGUCUGUGUCCGAUCUGGAAUUUGCUCCUACGCAAGAAACAAAACAAACAAGGAUCGUUCCUGAAUACUCCUCUGCCUUACCGGAUUUUGUUCAAGACCACUUAGUUAUAGAACAGUGUUAUUUAAACAAUUCUACAAAUAGCAAUUUUAAUGUAAACCUGCCGGAUUUUACCCGUAGUAGGGACAGCAUUAACAUAAAUAGAGUAAAUAUCGAUUCUAGUCAUAAUGUUAAUCGAGGAUGUGAUAUUAGUAACAAUUUAUCUAUACCGUUGGAUUUGCCCAUGAGGCCACAGGCUGGCUUCCCUUUAGACCUCCCAAUAUCAAAUUCACCACAAAAUGGUAACCGGAUCUGUGUUAAUAGUGAAGUUGGAGUAUCAAAAAGCCUGCCAGAUUUCUUAGCUGAUGGUGCGGUGUGUCCCCAGAAUCCAGAUGGGCCACAAGUCGAAAGCCCUGAGAGGGAGUGCGAGAGAUUAAGGCGUGAAUUGGAAGUUUGUAGAGGGCAAUUAGUGGAGAGGACACGUCAAGUUGAGAAUCUAACAAGGGAAUUAGAAAUUGCAAGAAACAAGGAGCAUGAUUACACACAAAAUCUCGCCAAAGCUCUUGAACAAGUGGAGAAAAAUUUAGAAAAAAGCAAUAUGAGAACAGCAAGUGCGGAAAAUACCAUUGUAAAAUUGCGACAAGAAAUAAAAUCACUUGUGAGUCAGUUAAAUAGUUUAAAGUCGGAAAAUUUAGCCCUUCGUGGAGAAGAGGGCGCAGCAGGGGGACACGAUUAUUAUACUCCAAAUGAAAUGCAUUCUCAGAGAUUAGCUCAAGAAUUGAAAGCUGCAGCAAGUACUGCAGAGCAUUCUUUGAGGCAAUUGUUAACUGGGGUUGAUAAUUUGAGAAUAAUGGCGGCAAGCUUAGAAAACAUGCAUCGUAUUGAAGAGAAAAGAGAGCCAUUCUUAGAUUUAGAUGAAGAUACAGGUCCAGCAUUGUAAUGGUAACAAUAUAAGACAACUGAAUUUUGAUAUUGUACAUAGAUCUAUAUAUGUAGCUUAAUUUAUUAUAAGUAGGGAUGUACGCUAGUUUUUUCAUUCAUGUGAUUUUUUAUUUACUGAUAGCUAUUUUGAUAUUAACACCAACUGACUAAGCCAUCUAUCAACAGUUCUUUGUAAGUGUGGUGGUAUUUAUACAUCACAUUAUUUAAUAUUACGGCUGUAUACAAAUACAAUUGUGUAAUGGUUUGUAAUAUACAGUAUAUCAUCUCCAAAA